GGGUCUUAGGGCAGACUGACUUGUCUACCGUCACCCAACUUAGCAAGGCAGGCUCUCCUUUUUCUUAGUCUCUUCCUUCUUUCUUUCUUUGUUCCUCCAAUUAGUCCCGUAUUUUAUCUUAUUGAACUAUGACAAAGAACAGAAAAAGGAGAGGCUGCAAAGGAGGCUACCUUAUACCUGCAUGCAUGUAGCACCUUGGCUCACAAGAUACUUUGUUCAAAAAAAAGCAAAAAAAAAAUGGCUGAAAGAUGUGACAACUCUCGUUCUCUACCCAAGAAGAAGCGUGCUAGGCAUGGUUUUCGGUACCAAAUGGAGCUGAAUUUCGAUACUGAAGAUGUAAAGCAGGCUUUUGUAGCUAGGAUAGAUAGGGCAAAGCGUUCUCUUGCUGCUACAGCUAGAGGCUCAUUGCCCUUGGACAGCAGAGAGCUUAUUUCUGUCCUGUUGGACAAGUUGGAGCAGGAGCAGGAGCAGGCAGGUGCUGUUCCUGAGAGAGAAGACCUACAAUCUGAUAAAUCCAAAGUCUUCCCAAUGUUGGAGAAUUCAGGAAUAUUUACUAGCAAUACUGACGCUAGUGAUGAACAGUUGUUCGUGUGUGAACUGAAGACUUUGUUCACUGGCCUAUCCCAAGCAUGUGACCAGUGCCAAUCUUAUUGUCGUAGGCCGACCAAUUUACGCCAGAACGGGCAUGUUGUCCGAUUUGAAUUCAAAUGUGGAAAAUGUGGAAAGCGACAGUGGUGGGCUAGCUCGCGAACACUCGGUGGACGAUACCUUGUCAAUCAAAAGAUCGUCCAUGCUUUUACUUGUGCUGGAGUUCUCCCAAGCCAGUACCUUCACUUUAGUAGUCAUGCUGGCUUGGGAAAAGUUAGUUCAUGGUAUAUUUCAUCAAUGUACAAGAAAGGUGGAUACUUAGACGUCGUGAACGCUUGUGCCAAGGCAUCCAUGUUGAGAGCGAUUGACGAAGUGAAGGCAUUGCCUGGUUACUCGCAGGACGGUGAGUGGGUAAUAACAGAUGCUCGCCACGACUCAACAGCAAAUGCUUAUAACACGACUGUUCCCUGUCUCUCGGGAAGUACAAAAAGAAUUGUUGGGUGUUCGACUGUUUCCAGGAAAGAACACAUCUGUGCUCAGACUCGAGAAGUAGCGUGUACUAAGAUAGUUCUUCCGGAAGUCAUAGAUAAAGGUCUCAAUAUUGUUGAAGUAGCACAUGAUAAUCAGCCUGUAGUCAAGAGAUUUGUCACUGAUGAUCUCAACCUUACAAACUCGUACGACACAUGGCAUGGCACUAAGAAUGUAGCGAAGAAGAUGAAGAAAGUAGCAAUUGGGACCAAAAAGGCUCAAGGAAAGACGUGGUUUCCAGAGUUAUCUGACAAACGUAAAAGUACGAAAGUUCACUUGUACUACUGUAUGAAGAACUGUGAGCAGUCAGCAGACAAUCUAAGAAAGAACAUUCUGAAUAUCGUUAAACAUUAUCAGAACGAGCACUCAGAUUGUAACGAAGCGUCCCCCUGUAAGCGUCCAGGGUACAAGCCCACGAAGAUAAAACUAGAGGAUCCUCUUGCAAUCGAGUCAUUCACGUCAGCACUAAAAGACACCCUUAUUUACAAGAAUGCCGAAUCAUAUUGUCGAGUGUCGAGACACAUUCUGGGUGGAGUCUUUCAAUCACCAGCUGCUCACAUACAUCUCGAAACGUGUACACUUUGCGGAAGCUACAUUCAACAUGAGAAUGAACCUUGCUAUUAUGGACUGGAACGAGAAUGUACGUAGAGGGUGUACAAGUGAACGACUGGUUCAGGACAUGAGAAGACCGGAUCGUAGGACUCCCGUAAGAGUGCUGAAGGAAAAAUCGUUCAACUUUGCCGAAGAAUAUGGGAGAAUUACGAGCAGCAGAGAAAAGUUGACCUCAGUGAGUUUGUAGAGGACGUGCAACCUGAGCAAUCAGAUGAGCCAGUAGAUGAAAACGAGGACCUAUUAAACGAUGGUGUACAUGUACUUGACGAAGGUCUUUAUGAAGACAUAUAAAGUAAGUAUGUAUCCGUGCAAAUUUUGACUAGCCAAUCAGCAUUUUAUAUUUGCAUUUUACAUAAUUAAACAAUAAAGGAAGUAGAAGACUGGAAGUCUGUGUAUGGAACUCCAUCUGGAUUUGGGAAUCGUUCACGCACCUCCUGGAAAAG